AUGCUGCGCUCCCUGUGGAAGAGCCUGGAGAUGGUCCGAGGCUGGGUGGCGGGCGACCCGGCCUGGAGGGCGGCGGACGCGGUCGUGGACUGCUACCCGCUGUGGGUGUGCGUGGCGCUUCACCACGUGGCGCCGGAGCUGCCGAUCGUCAUGCGCAACAACAUCGGGGGAACAAAAAGCCUUCUCCUUCUCGUUCCCCCCCCUCGCUUGCCGCCGACCUUCGACUGGGAGGAGCUGGACACCUUCUGGGGCUGGUUCGCCGACUUCGCCUCGUCGCCGAGCUGCCGGGUGGCGGUCGGGACGCGCCUGAUCGGGGAGCAGAUCUUCUGGCAGACGGGCGUCAGGCCAGAGUACGUUCCGAUGGUCAUGCUUCACCUCAGUGGGGUUACCUACAGUCCGUCCACGGACGAGGUGCUUCUCUUCAAGAACACCCACGCCGGUUUCGAGAGGUUCGCCCACUUGCUGAAGCAGCACGCGCGCGCCGCCCGGCUGCCGCUGGUCGUCCAGCAGGAGCUGCUGGAGGCCCUGGGGCGUCCGCUCGAGUACGAGCAGAUCGCGGCCUACAAGGCCGUGGUGCUGGUGCCCCACGUGCCGAACAACGCCGCCUUCGCCGAUCUGUACGCCCUGCAUGUCCCCAUAUUCCUGCCGGCGGAGCCCUACAUCUACACGUGGAUGUGGGCGAACUCGGCCGUGUUCGGCGGGCCCACGCUCUUCACGGCUGGGGGCUCGCCGAUGCAGAGCCGGGCCCCGCCGCGGCUCUGGCCCGAGCCCCCCGCGUGGUGGCUCCAGGAGAGGAGUCCAACGUGA